AUGAUUGAUUUAUAUCAUUGCACAUUUUCGGAUCUCGUGAUAAGCUUCAUCUCAUCUUAUAAUUUGACAGGUAACAUCGGUUCUACAUGCGGCUUCGUGACCGGCUUCAGUUUUGUCUCUUUGUUGGAAUUCAUCUACUUCUUUACCGUGAAGCUGUACAGAGAAUUCAAGAACAGGAAACAACGUGUGCUUGUUGUCAAGUCUCUGGAUAAUUCUUCUCUCGUACGAUUCGAGAAGAUUUCGAUGUAUAGACCCAUAUAUUGGAACGAACUGGCUCCGGGAAAACGUAUUGCGGAAAAGAACUUAAAGCUAUUGAGAAUUAAGAAUGAUAAAAGUUACGACUAG